UUUACUCCACUCAUUUCUCCUGAAGGAUGAGAUCCCUGAAACACCUCAAACAUCACUCCAGGAACAAUGUGGAGGAGGAGAGUAGCCGCUUGGUGCGGACCUACCCCAAGAUGACUGAGGGCCACGUGGAUGUGGGCACGCAGACGGAGCCCGUGGUGGUGCUAUCUCUGGCUCAGGCUGCUGUUCUCGGCCUCAUCUCCCAGAAUGAAAUCUUUGGGGCCACCAUAGCUCCAAAUGGCUUUUACACAGGGGAGCCCAGAGAGUGUCCUCCUCCUCCACCUGAGGCAAUGGAGUAUGAGUACGCUGAUCAGCUAAUAGGGGCCAACGGAGACUACCUGGCUGAGCCUUCUGGGGAGCCGGAGCCUCAGCCCCACUGCAGUGAGAGAAGGCGGCCGGGGCCCCGUGGGAGAACCAAGAGGCCUAGGAGUGAGGAGGGUCACCCACACAAAGUAGCAAGUCCACAGGCUCAGGUUAAAGGUGAACGGCUUGACUCUGAUAGCCCUCCGUCCUGCAUUCACAUGAACAGCAGGCAAAGUCCCGGCAAGUCAGAGGAUCCAGUCACUCAACAAGGUCCUCUGAAAGAGGAGCAGGCCUGCGGAAACUGUCCCUCAUGUGUGAGAGACACACCCAGGCCACAAACAGACGGACAGCCAGAACAGGAAGAAGAAAACACUGGUAGAGAAAGAGAGAGGAAGGAAGAAGAGUUGGUGGUAGAGGAAGAAGAGGAGGAGGAGGCACUAAACCUCAAGACCAGUGGUGACGCUGGCAGUCCUCUGGAGAACCGCUAUUACGAGUCCAACGAGGUGGCGUACGAGUCCGCUGACAUGGCCCUGCCAGGAGAAUAUGAGGAGAACGGCCAGGCCAUGCUGUGGUCAGACCCAGAGGGCCUCGCCAGACGAAUGCAGAUUGACCGGUUGGACAUCAACGUACAGAUCGAUGAGUCUUACUGCGUAGAUGUGGGCGAGGGUCUGAAACGCUGGAAGUGUCGCAUGUGCGAGAAGUCAUACACAUCCAAAUACAACCUCGUCACUCAUAUCCUGGGCCACAAUGGAAUAAAGCCCCAUGAAUGUCUACACUGUGGGAAACUCUUCAAGCAGCCGAGCCACCUCCAGACUCACCUGCUCACCCACCAGGGCACCAGACCUCACAAGUGCACCGUUUGUGAGAAGGCCUUCACGCAGACCAGCCACUUGAAGAGGCACAUGCUGCAGCACUCAGACGUCAAACCAUACAGCUGCCGCUUUUGUGGCCGCGGCUUCGCCUACCCCAGCGAACUGAGGACCCAUGAGAACAAACACGAGAAUGGCCAGUGCCAUGUCUGCACCCAGUGUGGCCUCGAGUUCCCAACCUACGCGCACCUGAAGCGCCACCUUGCCAGCCACCAGGGCCCGACCACGUACCAGUGCACGGAGUGCCACAAGUCCUUCGCCUACCGCAGCCAGCUGCAGAACCACUUGAUGAAGCACCAGAACGUGCGGCCCUACGUCUGCCCCGAGUGCGGCAUGGAGUUUGUCCAGAUCCACCACCUUCGACAACACGCGCUCACUCACAAGGUACUGGCAGCGCACACCCUCGCACUUAAGGGCAUGAAAGAAUUCAAGUGCGACGUCUGCGCCAGAGAGUUCACCCUGUCUGCCAACCUAAAGAGACACAUGUUGAUCCACGCCAGCGUGCGGCCCUUCCAGUGCCACGUCUGCUUCAAGACCUUUGUCCAGAAGCAGACCCUUAAAACGCACAUGAUUGUCCACCUGCCGGUCAAGCCUUUCAAAUGCAAGGUGUGCGGAAAGUCUUUCAACAGAAUGUACAACCUCCUCGGCCACAUGCACCUCCACGCCGGCAGCAAGCCCUUCAAGUGCCCUUACUGCACCAGCAAGUUCAACCUGAAGGGCAACCUCAGCCGACACAUGAAGGUCAAACACGGCAUCAUGGACACCUCGAUAGACGGGCAAGAACCCCCCCAAGAUCCAGAGGGCCAGGAGGACUACGAGGAGGAGAGCUUCGAGUUCAGCGAGCGAGAAAACCGAGCUAACAACAACAACACACCAGACAUUGCUAAACUAUCUCAAAUGGAGUAUUACAGCACCUAUGGGAAGGGCGCAGGGCGCUUCAGCACUGCAUGAAUUAUUGAAAUGACCCCAAAUUGAAUAUAAGUGUGAACUAAUGAAAACAGGAUUUUUUUUUUGUUUUGUUUUUGCCUUUAAAGGCACAGUGCUUGGAUUGUUCUUCAAGCAAACUGCACAUUCAUAUGCACUGGAAUCACCCGUAAUGCUACAAGAAUUUGGAAAUGUAUACUUUUGACCUUAUUACAUAUUUUUCAUCUCUAAAAACACAGCGAAUCUACUGAUAGAUAUAUUAUAUUUGAGAUAAGUGGACUGUCUAAAACAGGAGCAUUUAGGUUAAAAAAAAUCUAUACAAAUAUAUAGAUGUUAUUUGCUUAAAGGCAGGAUCAUCAUCAUCUGAGCCAAACUUAAAAAGCACAUUUUUAGCUUCAAGCUUAAAAGCAUCUGGUGGUGUUACACUGCACUUACUCAUCCAGACAAUCCCGGUCGCUCUCAGUCUGCUGGGGUAGUAAACUAAUGUGAAGGGUUAAAGAAGGGAACAGCUCAUUUCACUUGCCAAAGCUUAUCAAGUUGCAGAGGUUAAUGAUUCACUUUGAUUAUAACUGUGAUAAAUUAAAUCUGGAGGUCUGCGAAACGAGUUCCACUGGAUCUGCAAUCCGUGUUUUAUUGUAUAUUACUGUACAGAAUGUAUCAGCCCUCCUGUAUGUUGGCUGGUACUGUGAUCGGUGCGUCGCACUGAGGGCCACUGUGUCUACUUUUUAGGUUUCUGCAUUAACAAGCAUCACCCUGUAUUGAUCUCUAGUCUAUGAAUGUAAUUGUUUCUGUGGAAUGUUUUAAAGACGCUAAUGAAAAGAAAAUCAAAAACACCCUUUUUUCUAAUGGUAGGACCCCUUUACCAAAGAAUUGGAUCAAAUCUUGCAGCUACAGGGACUGUAAGGCUUUUUUCCCCCCUUGCUGUUGUGUUGAGCUGGGACAUUGGAUUUCUAGGGGUCCAAUCGCAGACCUCAUGAAAUUACAUUCAGGUUCCCCUCCCACCCAUCUGUAGAUCUCCUCAAAAGAUUACCACAGAGAACAGACUGUGGUACAGCUUCUCUUUCAACAAACCUCGCCAUUUUCCCCCCUCAUCCAGGGCCUUCGCCAGACAAGACUGCAGCAUUUUUCAAAAGCAAUGCAAACCCCUGCAUUCAUAUUGCAGUUCUGUUUUUUUUUUAUUUUUUUAUUUUUUAAAUGGAUGAAUCUCAACAAGAAGUGUCCCAAAAAAACUCAAGACACAAAUAUUAAGUGCCCCAGUGUGUCUGCGAGAGCAUGCCAUCCAUCAUGCUGUACACUGGUCUCAAGUGAUGAACGACAACCUCCCAACAUGUGACAGGGCCACGGACCUUGUGGAAAAUGAUUUGGGAAAUGCUCAAUAUAUUCAGUUUCCCAGUGCUUAGCUUUUCAAACUUGUAACCUGCGAAAACAAAAAGGUAUCCAUUUGCGAUGUUGAUAUAACGCAUUUAAAAUAUAAAUGCUCAAUUUUGUGAGUUUUUCCGGCUUGUGUGUUCGUUCCAUCACCGUUUGAGUGAUGAUUACAAAAAGGGGACGAUGUUCAGCUUAAAUGGCUUUCUGUAUUAGACAUUCGUGUGGAGAUAAUGUGGAUAGAAAUGUAUGUAAAAUGUUGUGUACCAGACAAUACUGUAAAAUAAUAAAUUUAUUUACCUUUAAAA